AUGGACGACAACUUUGCUCUCGUGAUGGCUUUCCUCAGGCCAACGGUCGCUGUGAGACCUCUCAUCGUUCUGACCGAGAUCGAACUCGGAUGUGCUCCGUGGAAGCGCCUUGGUUGUGCGGUAACACGCUGCGGAAUUUCCCCACCUGAGAGCCGACGACAAGUCCUUCCGUCAUCUACUCAGGGUCGCGAGUUCCCCGGUUCUCCGGCCUGCAACGUUGCCAAGCAGGCACCAGAAAUCGAUCACGUGACACGGAUACAAACCGAGCUAUGGCAACUCAGCUCUUUGGCAGCAACCCUCGUGAUCCCGCCCGCCGCUGCACAUGAGGCUGCCAGCGGCUCCCCAUAUGUCCGGAAGAUCGGACGUCUUGCUAUCUUUCGUCUCUGUCAGCGGGUGGGAUUCGAAGCCAAGUCCGGUCUUCUGAUACACCUCACUCUCAACUUAUCUCUUCUGCUCUCGGAGGUCCGCCACAUCCUUGCAGCCGUUCCCGGACAGGCCGGAGCGGGACGGACCAAAGAUCAUGUUGAUAAUCCCAAUCUAUCUCGUUUUGGAAGACUUCUCCGCACCUUGAAAUAGUGAUCAGCGCCACCGCAUAUAGUCAUUUCGUCCCCAACACCUCCCUGGCUUCGACUCAAGAAUAACUGUUGGCAAUUCUGACGCCACAGGCACACUCGGCACUCUAUCUAGAGGGAUGACAACAUCCCAGACUCCAAAGUACCUUGAUAUUCAGAACUCGUCAUCCAGCCGGACGGCAAGACAGACGAUAGAUUCGCCCAAUCUGUCGCUGUGAAUCGGCGGUUCAUCUCGCCAUCAGGACCACCGGAUCAGAUUUGGGAUUUUCCUGAUUGCUCAACCGCAUGAGCGACACUUUCCUUGCGGAGAUUGGAAAUGAUCUAGAUGUCACUCGGUCCUUUCCAGCCUUCAUAUAAAACCGACAAGUCAGCAUGCAGAUCUCUCAGCAGCAAAAGUAUCCAGCUAGCCCAGUUCUCUAAGCGAUGUACACUGCUCUCAUUCUGGUUGUCGCCGCCGCCGCCGCCGUUCAGGGCUUGCCUCUGAACGAUGCUGCGGCACGCGAACCUACGGUUAUGGUCACCGAGACCAGACGCACCGUUGAGCCCAUUACCGACGAUGCUCCCACCUGGAAACGCAUCCAGCCUAUCCAAGCCGACGCCCCUCCCUGGAAGCGCGUUGAUCACCCAAUCCAAGCUGACGCUCCAACAUGGAAGCGUAUCGAUCAUCCCAUUCAAGCCGAUGCUCCGACAUGGAGACGUACCGAACAUCCCAUCCAAGCCGAUGCCCCUACAUGGAAGCGCGUUGAUCAUCCCAUCCAAGCUGACGCUCCUACAUGGAAGCGUGCCGAUCAUCCUAUCCAGGCCGACGCUCCUACAUGGAAGCGUAUCGACCAUCCCAUUCAGGCCGACGCGCCUACAUGGAGGCGCGCCGACCAUCCCAUCCAAGCCGACGCUCCGCCCUGGAAGCGGGUCGAAGCACCUAUCCAGGCCGAUGCUCCCACGUGGAAACGUGCCGACCAUCCUAUAGAAGCCGACGCUCCUCCAUGGAAACGUGUCGAGAGGCCGAUUCCAGCUGACGCUCCCACCUGGAAGCGCGUCCAGCCAACCGGUGCUGAUGCCCCGCCUUGGAAACGGGCCGAGCCCACCGGUGCCGAUGCUCCUCCCUGGUAGAUGUCGUCCAUUUCGAAUGCGACGAGUGGGGGUUAGGUUAUUCCAGGCUUGGACUGUAGAUUUGGUUUUCUUCCUUGACGAGUACUUUUGCUAUCGAUUAUCGCUGUGUAUUGAAACGAGGAAUGAAUAUGGAACUGUACUUUUACUUAUUCGCACCCUUUGAGUGUGC